AUGGUGGGCUGUCCCCAGCCGCCACCUCACGCCCGGCUGGAGCAUAAUUCACACUGUACAAUAAACAAGUACUGGGAAUUGCUGGUGGGAUUUCUGACGCUUUACACAGUGAUGAAAGUGGAGCAAACCGGCAGAAAGUAUUGCAAUAAAAGAAAUAAACACCGAGGCCCCAAGCACCGAGUGCGUAGAGCAACACCGUACGACAGUGGGAGAGCAAUACGGACCCGAGUGACACUUCAGCAGGACCCCAGCGGGGACAUCCCGUGCUCCCCAACCAUUGGAAGGUCUAGCAAGCUGGCGGAAGCUGAUCAUCGAGCACAAAACAAGAACAGCACCGAUGAGCACCCACGGGGGGAAAAAGAGGCCCCUCCCGACCCCCCCUACCCCUCACAAGGCCCCUCAGCCCCCCCUUUCCCCACACAAGGCCCCCUCAGCCCCCCCCUACCCCUCACAAGGCCCCUCAGCUCCCCCCCCCGCCUUUCCCCACACGAGGCCCCUCCCGACCCCCCGGCCCGGCCCCCGGCUGCGCCCUCCCCCGCCGACCACCCUUCCCCCCGCCCCCUCCCCUCGCUCCCCCGGUCCCCGCGGCCCACGGACGCCCCGCACUCACCGGCCGUGGACGGUGGGGGCCCGCUCGCCCCUGCCCGCCGCCGCCGUGCCCCCCCCCUCACCUCAGGCCGCCGCGAUGCACCGGGGAGGGGGGCGGGGGGCCGCGGCCCGGCAGGAGCCCUCAGGGCCGCGUCAGCCAAUCGGGACGCGUUCACCGCUCGGCAGCCAAUGGUGGCGCGGGAACGCCGCAGCGCGCCCGCCCUCCUGGAGGACUCCGCCAAUGAAAGGGCGGGGAAGGCCCGGUUCGGCCCGCCCUCCUUCUCUUCCAGCCAUUCAGGUGCGACGCGGGGGCCGGGCCGAGCGCUUCUGGCCAAUGAGAGGGCAGAGCGGAGCGCCUGGGCGCGCGGGGACGCGGCGCGGGGCGAGGAGGGAGGCAUCCCGCCAGCCAAUGGCGAAGCGGCCCAGCCGACUCGACCGCGAAGGCCCCGCCCCCUCCCGCCUCCGGCGCGCGGGAAGGGCGUGACCACUCUCCGCCGAGAGCCAAUUGGAUCCGGCAAUGCCGAAGCCCCGCCUCCCCGCCCCCCACGAUGGGCGGAACGGGGCAGGGCGGUGGGUGCCGAACGUGGACGGAAACUGCCGAGAGCCACCGCCCUGCAGCGGAAACACCCGAGUGCCCUCCGGGAAAAGCCGAAGAUGAGGAGCGACGGGGGGGGGGGGGGCGGCUGA